AUUAUUUUUUUUGCAUAAAUAUAUAAAUUAACUUUUAAAAAUUUAUUUUAAAUUAAUAUAUUACAUUGUCAAAAUACGUAAGUAACUUAAGUUAAGACAGUCUGAAGGUGGGAGGCGUGGCCAAACUCAUUGCGUCAUUGGAUCCUGUGUGCGGUUUCGGAGGCGGAUUGGGGUUGAUGAAUUUUUAAAAAGGAUUAUUCAAAAACAUUUAUACAACUAAUUUGGACAAAAAAGCCUCAACCACAUUUUAUCAUAGUAUGUUGUUAAACUGACUUAUUUUUUUAAAGGCUGUCAAGCAUUUUAGUUGAUCUCUGUUCCACCCCCGACCCCCCGUGUACAAAAUGGUUUGUUCCAGCCGCAUUUCGAAGUUGAAGGCGGGAGGAAGUCAGGUUUCCAACCCGAGCUGAAAGAACGGAGCAUCUGCGUCAAUAAAGAGAAAAUAAAACAAAAUAAGUCAAGUUAUUUUCAUUAAGUCAAGUUCAGUGUAAAAGAAUAACAUUUUCCAUAUCAGAAUAUCUUAAGUCUAUGAUUACGUUAACAGACUAUGUGAAAGAAGUUAGCUAGUAAACAUUGCUAGCUAGCAGACAAGCUAAUUAGCUCAGUGUUAGUGCUCACGCUUUGUUUGUCCUGAUCGAUCAGGAUCAGAUCUUUAUUUAAUAAGAAUUAGUUGAAUAGUUAUUGUGCUUGUUUUCGGGAUGGACGUAACGACGUGUCUGAAGUCUCUGCUUCUGGCGAUUCGACAAUACAGAAAUAACAGAGGCACAUUGAACACAUCCCUGCUACAAAAACAAAUCGAAGACGUGUCUGCUUUAAAGUGCUCCAGAGUCUUGUCCUCAGGACAGGUUCUCCCCAGUGAGUGUCUGAAUGGACUGCUGGAAGUAGCUGGAGAUCCCAACACCAGUCCUGCUCUUACAGGGAGUGUCCUGUCUCUGCUUGCCCAGCUCGCAUCCGAUGACGAGAGUAAAGAGGCUCUUCAUAGCCGUUACAACAUCAUCGGCACUCUGGCGUCCGUCAUCCACUGUAACAGAGCCACGCCUGAGGAGCCGAUCGUGCUGCAGUGCCUUCAGGUCCUGCAGCAUCUCACCUACAACGUCAGAGUCCUGCACUGCGCCUCCCACAUAGACGACCUCCUUACUUUCCUGAUGCUCAACAUACAGUCUCAGAACGAUGACAUCACCAAGCCAUGCUUAGGCCUGAUGGCGAAUUUGUGUCGGCACAACCAGGCUGUUCAGGUGCAGAUUAAGUCUCAGAGUAAUGUUAAAGCCUUCUACAGAGCUUUGCUUAACUUCCUUGGUCACAACUGCCUCACUGUGGUCGUCUUCGCGCUCUCGAUUUUGUCCAGCCUUACCCUCAGCGAGGAAGUGGGCCAAAAGUUGUUCAAUGCAAAGAACAUUCACCAGACCUUCCAGCUUAUCUUCAACAUCACUGUGAACGGAGACGGAACACUGACCAGGAACUACGCCGUGGACCUUCUGGUGGAUCUGCUCAGAAAUGCCAAGAUCGCCGACUACCUCACCAAUUAUAAACACCUCCCUGUGUGUCUGAAUGAGGUGGUUGGUCUUCUCCAUGGUAAAGACCCGGACACUGCGGUGAAGGUCCUGGAGCUGCUUGUGUCUCUGUGCUCAGUUCCGCCCCUGCGCAGACUCAUCUGUCAAGCGGUUUUAAAACCCGCAGCUCCUCGCCUGCAGCCCACCGCCAGAAACCCCACCCAUGCCAGGGGGGCGGAGCCAGGCCUAGCUCUUCUCCAGUGGGCCACACGCCCCCUGCAGGGACCCGAGCGGUGCUGCCUGCUUGCCCUGGAGCUCUUCACUGAACUGUUUGAGGAAGUGAUCGGUUCCUCGCAGUCCGGUUCUGCUCGCUCGUUUUUGGAGCUCCUUCUCCCAGCGCUGCACGAUCUACUGCAGACUCCAGACUUCAGCGAAGGAGAUGAGCUGCUACAGAGGCACUGCGCGAGAGCUGGACGAGUGCUGGACCUCCUGCUAGUCCUCUGCGGAGACGACUUCCUGAAGACUCUGGUGGCGCAGCACGUGAGCUCGGACCUGUGUGUGUCCCUGGUGGAGCUGCUGCUGUCUAACAGUCAGGACUACAUCACCUCCAUCUGCUCGGACUCCAGCUUUCGGCUCAGCCACGCAUGCUGUGAGACGGUCCUGAAGACUCUGGAGCUGAUGAGCCAGCUGAAGCAGCACGUAGCCGACAUGGAGACAUGCUUUUACCGGAUGCUGCAGGACCAGCGUAUCAUCACGCCUCUGUCUCAGGCCCUGACAUCUCAGCAUCGAGAGAGAGUACACACAGCAUUGCGCGUCCUGUUCGAAGCCGCUCCGCUGCCUGAUUUCCCUGCCGUCAUCUUAGGAGAAAGCAUCGCAGCUAAUAACGCUUACCGGCAGCGUGAGGGCGAGUUGACCGUCAGAGGCGGCGGCGUUCAGGACGAUGGAGUCUCCUCAGUGAAGAGCUUUUCUAUGAGCGGUGCCGGUCCAAACAGUCCUUCUCGCCAGAACAUCGACAGCCUCAUCGAGAAACUGCAGAGCGGCAUUCAGUUACAGGAGCAGAUGAAGGACGUUCACAUGUCCGAGAUCAUCGACGUGUAUGAGCAGAAAAUCUCCGCCCUGGCUUCUAAAGAAGGCCGUCUGCAGGACCUGUUAGAGGCCAAAGCGCUGGCUCUGUCUCAGGCUGACCGUCUGAUUGCUCAGUACCGCUGUCAGAGAGCGCAGGCUGAGGCAGAGGCCCGGAAACUGGCUUCUCUGCUGAAGGACACUGAGAGGAGGAAGGAGGAGCUGCAGGCUGAACUGAGUGAUCAGCUGAUGGAGGUGGAGAAGCUGAAGAGUGACAGCCAGCAGCUCCUGCAGCAUAACAGCCGCCUGCAGGCUGUGUCUGAUGAACACCAGAACCUGAAGAGCACCUACAACCAGCUGCUGAGCAGGUUCAACAAGAGUGAAGCCAUGCUGAAGGAGCUCCAGGCCGCACACAUCUCCCUCACGCAGCAGGCCGAAUCCAUGAGGAAGAGCAACGAGGGGCUCAAACUGCAGCAGGAGAGGUUGUCAUCAGAACUGCAGCAGAAGGAGGAGAAGAUCUCAGCCAUGGAAGAAACUCUGCAGGAGAAACAUGACACUAUAGCAGAUCUGCAGGCCGAGGUGAGGAGGCAGGAGGAGCAGGCUAGAGAGAUGGAGGAGAACAUCAACCUGCUGAAGAAGGAACUCGCCAAGACGGAGCAGGCCAGGAAGGAUGCCAGCAUCAAGGCCUCAUCCUUGGAGCUGCAGAGAUCUCAGCUGGAGGUCAAACUACAGAAGAAGGAAGAGGAGCUGAACAAACACACGCAGAUGAUCGCCAUGAUCCACAGUCUGAGCAGCGGCAAGCUGAAGAACGAUGCCACGGCCAACCUUUCUCUGUGACUGACACACACACAGUACACACACAGUACACACACACAGUACACACACACAGUACACACACACAGUACACACACACAGUACACACACAGUACACACAUAGUACACACCCAGUACACACACACAGUACACACACACAGUACACACAUAGUACACACACACAGUACACACACACAGUACAUACACACAGUACACACACACAGCACACACACACAGUACACACAUAGUACACACCCAGUACACACACACAGUACACACACACAGUACACACAUAGUACACACCCAGUACACACACACAGUACACACACACAGUACACACAUAGUACACACACAGUACACACACAGCACACACACACAGUACAUACACACAGUACACACACACAGCACACACACACAGUACACACAUAGUACACACCCAGUACACACACACAGUACACACAUAGUACACACACAGUACACACACAGCACACACACACAGUACAUACACCCAGUACACACACACAGUACACACAUAGUACACACACAGUACACACACAGCACACACACACAGUACAUACACACAGUACACACACACAGCACACACACACAGUACACACAUAGUACACACCCAGUACACACACACAGUACACACACACAGUACACACAUAGUACACACACAGUACACACACAGCACACACACACAGCACACACACACAGUACACACACACAGUACACACACACAGUACACACACACAGUACACACACAGUACACACACACGCACAGUACACACACACAGUACACACACACAGUACACACAUAGUACACACAUAGUACACACACAGUACACACACAGCACACACACACAGCACACACACACAGUACACACACACAGUACACACACACAGUACACACACACAGUACACACACACGCACAGUACACACACACAGUACACACACACACACACAGUACACACACACAUAGUACACACACAGUACACACACACAGUACACACACACACACACAGUACACACACACGCACAGUACACACACACAGUACACACACAGUACACACACACACACACAGUACACACACACACAGUACACACAUAGUACACACACAGUACACACACACAGUACACACACACACACAGUACACACACACACACAGUACACACACAGUACACACACACACACAGUACACACACAGUACACACACAGUACACACACACACACAGUACACACACAGUACACAGUGCACAUAUCCAGAUUAAUGGAGUCCAGAAGUAAUGGCUCCCUUUACAGUCCACACACACACACGAGAUGAACUCACACAAUAUGAAAUACAUUUUAAAUAUUUUUAACUCUGAACUCCAGAUAACUUAUUGCCUUUUUUGUCUGUCUAUAUUUUGAUCCUCUCAUUUUCUCAUAUCACAUUUUAAAUAAAUAAAUGAAAAUCUA